ACAAGCUGCUGCUUCUUGGCUUCAAUGCACUGGCAAAAUCCUGUCUGCAUUUCAGGGAUAAUACUGAUCUUAUGGGCCUCUUGAAAUGCUUGUGGAAUGUAGGAAGCAUGCCAUUUGUGCAUCCAGCUCAUUAUUGCAACUUCUCUUCAGAGUUCCCCGCAGGGCUCUCCUGGAGAUGCCAGGAAUUGAACCUGGAACCUUCUGCAUGCAAAGCAGGUGCUCUGCCACUAAGCUAUGGCCCUUCCCAUGGUGGGAUGUGCAGUGUUUUCAGCAUUCUGAAGCAUUGCAUAAAUGCAAAAACUAUUUAUUUUUAGGAGAUUAGAAUUCCAUGCUGUUUGCCCCAUCCCAGUGUUGUGACUGCCUGGUUUUGGAGCAGAAUAGGGGUGGCCUUUCACAGCCCCAAAGCAACAUUAAUCCAGUACAACGUGGCACUGGAGAGAGCCUGCUUUCUUGGCAUGGUUCUCUUCCCAUGCGUUUGCUAGCGAUUUGCAUCCAGGGCAAGUGAGGGCAAAAUACCCCGUCCCAUUUCCUCUCCCAAGAUCUGGAGGCCAUCCUGGGGUUUUGGAGCUCAGCAAUGUGGCCUGCUGUGAUCGGAUGAGGGAAAAGAAAGAGCCAAGGGCAAAUUAAAUCUUUAAGUUUCUCUUUGGCCCUGAACACAUCUGCAUGGAAAGGAAAACCCCACAAAUCUCUGCAGUUUGUGGGUAAAUUACAGGCUUACAGGCUGUUUCCUCCUCUGCCCCUGGUUGCGAGUUGCUCUUGGCUCAGAGCCAGAUCUCCUUUCUUCAGGGGCAGAUUUCUUUAAGGGUGAGGCGCAGUCCUUACAUGGAAAGGACUUCCGUGUCACAAAAAGAGCAUGGAAAACGAAGAUGACUGCCUGUGGGCCUAUUUCCUAGGUCUGGGCUCUGCUUGCAAGCUGCUGUUAUUGCCCCCUGACUUUAUGUAGGUAGCCCUCCUAUGCCAGCUCCUAGACCCUCCAACCAUCUUUCCCAGGCAUUGAAUGUGGUCCUCCAAGCAUCUCUUUCCAGCCUCCUGGACUCCCCAGACCAUGCCCAUCACUUGCCCCUGCUCUACAUUCUCCUUAAGUGCUUUUUUUGCCUGGCUGGGGUGUGAUCUUAAUGACUGCAGCCUCCUGUUGUCUCACCUUCAUUCCCUCACAUCCACCCAGUGCUCUGCUGCCAAAAUUAUUCACCUCCUUGUUACUUUGAUGAUGCCAUGCUCUCCCCACCCUUAAUUCCUUACACUGGUUUUGUGUCUGCUCCUGGAACCUUUGGAGCCCUCUGUGCCUCCCUAUUUCUGUGUUUAUUUCUAGAGAGGUCCCAUCCUGUGACCCUCACUCAUCUAUUGCCGCUGCCCUCCGUCAUUGAAAAUCCCUUGUUUCCUCAAAUGACUCCACCCAUUUCCUCUCACUGCCUUUUAUGCCUGGAACUCCCUCCUGGAACAUCUUUGUGUGACCACCUCCCUUAUUUCCUUUCAAAGCCCCUUCUCCAAAUUUACCUUUUCCAGGAAGCCUUUGGAUCAUCCACACCUUGGUCCCUAACCCUUUGGCCAAUCCAAAGUACAUGCAAUUGAAACAGCCACAUAUGCCUCCCCUGCUUACCUGUGUGCCUCCAUUCUCCCCUUCCUCUGUUGGUUGUUUCUUGUGUCUGUUUUAGAGUGUAAGCCCUUGGGGCAAGGACCUGGCCUUCCUGUUAUUUGUAAAGUACCAUGGUGCUAUAUCAAUUAAGAAGAAUAGAAUCGGAUUAUAGGAAGUUGUGUGAAUAGAAACAUCCAAAUGCUUCGGCACCAUUUUACCUCCCAAACUAAUUGUCUCUUGCUUAUAUCUGCCUUGCGACAUCCCUUAAAGAUCAUGAAGUAGAGAUUAAGACAGUGAGAGUGGUAUGUCUAAAUCCACCUUCUGUGCAGUGCUCAGAUUGCAGAGAGGAAGAGGGCCUCAAACCCACAAGCCCUACUUCUCCCAAUUUUAGUGAAACCGUAUCUCUAACCAUAUCUUAUAAAACCUACAGCUUAAGCAGGAGGCUGGCUUCACUGCCAUUCACAAACUCUUAGUGAGUUCAUAGCAGGGGCAAGAUUCAGUCUGGGGACUUUCCUGAUGCAUUGCACUGUCUCUUAACCAAAAACCUUUUAUGGGAAUAAUAAUUGGAGGCAUGUGAAUUGCUGACCAAAGCGACAGCUGAAGAGGAGCUUCGCUGCUUGCACCUGAGCUGCUGCAGCACACCAGGAGGUCAAAUCUUCGAUCCACACACUGCAUUUAAAGCUUAUUCAGCGUAAAACACACAGAAGCAUAGAAUUUUAGAGUUGGACAAGACCCCGAGGAUCAUCUAGUCCAACUCCCUGCAAUUCAGGAAUAUGCAGCUGUCCCUUACUGGGAUCAAACCUGCAACCUGGGCGCUAUCAGCACUGCUUUCUAACCAACUGAGCUAUCCAGGCUGACUUCCCACAAAGAAUCCUGGGUUCUGUAGUUUAUUAUGGGUGCUAGAAAUUGGUAACUCUAUGAGGAAGGAAACUACACUUCCCAGGAUUAUUUGGAGGGGAGUCACGUGCUUUAAAUUUGUUUCGAAUAUGCUUUCCAAUAUAUAUUGCGUCCCCAGUCUGCUUUGAUUUGAAACCUUUAGCCACCCAACAGCAUGAAAUCUAGGUAGCUGCCUUCCUUCCUGAGCUUUGGGUCCCCAAAACACCCCAACUCCCAGUGCUGCAAAAGCAUCACGGCUUCCCAGUCUGACUGUGGCGUCCAUCCUGCCCUGCCCCUUGCAGGCCAGUGAGCUUGCCUUCUCCAGAUGAUGUCCUUGCCCCCCAAACCACAAUUACUGCUUGGACUUGGCAGCCUUCCUGCCCAGCAGAUGGGCUCCAAAAUAGACCUGGCUUCCUGCCCCUUCUGAGGUUGGAGCGAGGAGGAAGGAGGAGGUCCUGUGGGCUGUCCCUCCUGCCAAGUGGGCUGGGGGGGGCUGGGGGCUGCCAGAACAGUAUAAAUCAGGAGCAGAGACCCAGGAAGGGCACUGCAAGAAGCAACUGGAGGAAGCAAGCAAGCAAUCAUCUCCAGACCUUUAGAGAACAUCUCCCCACUAGCAAACAGCAUCAAUCAAGAUGAACAAGUUGAUUCUGGUGAGCUUCCUGGCAGUGGCCACGCUCUGCCUUUGCCAAGCAGAUGACUCUGCCCCCUCCAACAGUGCCAACGACUCACCCAGCUCUGAAGCUUUUGUCUCCAGGCGCGUCAGUGCUCAAGUAGUGAAGAGACACAAGAGGAACUAUAACAGGUUCUACAACGCUCGUGCUGCCCCAACCCCAGACCCCCUUGAGCCUUUGCGAGAGGUUUGUGAGCUGAACCCCGACUGCGACGAGCUGGCUGACCACAUCGGCUUCCAAGAAGCUUACAGGAAAUUCUAUGGGCCAGUAUAGAGACCCUGCUCAAAUUCCGCCCAGUGUGUGGGACAGAAAAGAGGAGAGUCCCGCUCAGAGACCAGCGUCGGGGGGGGGGGGAGGGAUCUACUCGCUUUGGUGCUACACAGCCCUUGUCUCUUAAGAUCCACAGCAGGGUCCAUGCCUUGAAAUACCCUGAGCAGAUACGGCUUGUAACUACUGUGCCUUUGCUUUCUGGCUGCCUCUGUAAUAUGCUUGCUUAAAAAUUGGUGUUCUAUAAAGAAAAUAUUAAAUAAUUUUAAAACAUAAGCACA